AUGUCUUCUCUUGAAGUAAUCACAGAUGAAGAUGUUGCAUUCAUCAAGGAGAUUACCAUCUCCUGGCAUCGCUCAGGAGGUCGCGACAGCAGCGCGUGGAGGAUCGAGUUUACAGUAAAGAAGGAAGGAUGGGGUGGGGGAGGAACCAGGACAGUCAGGUUUGCUCAGGGUCAGGGAGAUAUUGCCCUUCUCAAGCCGUCCAGCAAGAUACUGACCGUUAGCAUCGGUAGCGGACUUCCACGCAACUCAAGACCUGGACUACGUGAGGUCAAAGUGACAAGCCGAGAUAGACAGGCCAGUAACCGUGGAAACGGUCAUGGGCCAAGGAGAGCGGCUCCCAGUCAGCCAGGCCCUGGAAGACCUAGUGCUCCGUACGCCCUGGUCCAGAAGAGAGGUGGUCCUACCAGUCCUACUAAAGGAGGCAUGAGACGUAAUUCCAGUCGGAGGAAAAGUGGAGAGCAGCCCCACCUACCUAAAGGAGGAGCCCAGAGCUUCGCCAAGCAGUUCAAGAUUAAUACUGGCAACCAAGAUUACCUGCAGACACCUGAUGCAGGCGUAGCAGGCCAGAAGCGUAGGACCAUCAAGGGCAGCCGCCCUGCUCCAGGAGCUGGCCGACCCAAGCCAAAACCACAACCACCACCUCCUUCCAGACCCAAGUGUCGCACAAUCUAUGCCUACGAUGCUGGUGAUACAGACGAGUUGUCUUUCAGGGAAGGGGAGACCAUAGAAAUCAUCACAGAAGAUCGAUCUGGCUGGUGGAGAGGCAAGCUACGAGGGAGAGAGGGACUCUUCCCCGCCAAUUAUAUUGAAAAGAUUUGAUGACGUCCUUCACGGCAUCAUGCCCAUGCAUCUUAUUAUUCAGCCAUCACUUUUAGUAUCUAAAGUGGAUAGAUUAUCAUUCCUGCUUGUGUCAAGAAUUUUCUCUCUUUAAUCCAGUAGGAGUUUCUCGUGGUUUUAAAAGUGGCAGCAACAUCGGGUGAGGGUUACAAAUGCAACUGGGUUUAGGUUGGUGACAUAUGGUAAAUCAUUGGGUUCUUAUGUGAUGUUAAAAGUUAGUAUUGUGUAAAAUAUAGCCGUAGAGCAAUUGUUUCAAGGAGAUAGUGACAUGUGACUAUUUGAUGGUAUCGAGGACACAUCAUUCCAUUGGCGUAAUCUGUGACGUCAUGCUAUUCAAAUGGGGGGGAUGAAAUAGAUCACCCCCCCUUGAACAAUACGUUCACUGCUCAGAUUUACGCCCGUGCAACAUUCAGUACAGAACGUUGGUUGAGUGUGAUUACAUUAAUUGGUCAUCAAAAAUGUAUCAAAAUACAAUUUUCAAUAUAUUUUCAUAUCUAUAAUUCAAUCAUCCUUUAUGAUUAAAUCAUCCUUUUGAUUGAAUCUAUCUGCAGCUGCAUCUGCAAUGACUCUAUUUCUAUCUUUUACUGUGAGCGAGAGGUUAAUAUGCUUGUAUAGUUUCCCUUUGACCUAUCGUCUUUCUACAAAUGACUUAAAAACAUUAUAUUUUUUUAGCAUUCUAUUGAGGCAUUUUGACAUUUCCAUUUGGACAUUACCAAAUGGGUUUCCUUUAUAUUUCUUUCGCUGUUCCUCAAUCAUGAGCAAUUGUAUUUUCAAUAAGUAUUUGCAAGUUAAGACAUUACAAUCUGAUGCCAGUAUAGUGUGAACCAUAUCAUGUUUGAUUUGAGGCUUAUACCACUCCCCGGGUAAAGGAGUAUGUGUACACUAUCAUAUGUAGUUUACCAAAUGCUUAAAAACAUAGUUUCAUUACAUGAAAUUUUAUCAAAUUUAGAUUUAUCUGAUAUUUUCCAAAACCAUAUACACAAGCUUUUCAUUUUUUGGCUGGCCCAAACAGGAAAGAUUUAGCUAUUUUUAAGAAAUAUGCCAUAGCCCCUAAGUAUAUUUGUUUGAUGUUCAGAUGUUAAUUGCAAUAGAAACAUUUCUAGAAGCCAAAUUUGUCUUUCAUAUUUCAGGAAUGAUGAUUACAAAUACAACAAUGGACUGAUAAUACCAAAGGUUUUGUAGAGUUAUUUUUCGUACAGUUUUUGAAAUAUAUUUCACAUCAGGUUCCAAGACAAGUGCAAAUUGUCAUUUAUAUGAAACACUGUUACUUAGUUUUUUUGUGAUGUUGUUUUUUAGCCUCUAAUGUUUACUUUCAUUUAAUGUUUGCUUUCAUGUUCACUUCUUAUUAUUCAUUCAUUAUUUGAAAGAAACUCCAUUAUUUGGAAAAAUCUAUAAUCCUUAAAAAUUACAAUAAAUAUUCCAUGUACAUGUAGUAAUAUCUUCAAUAUGUAAAUUUGCCAAUAAAUGGCAGCCAAAUUUUAAGAAAAAAUUGGUCCUAAAGGGGCAUCGACAUCAUGACUUCAUAAGUCAAUGGAAAUUAUGACCCUGUUCACCUUACCGUUUACUGGAAUCUAGUUUAGGGAUCUUUCAAACCAGUUUGGAAAACCACCUCGCAAUGUAGUUUUCAAGAUCGCUUUGCCUUGUUAAACUGGUAAGUGAGGACACAAGUUCUUCAGGAAGCAAUCUUCUAACAUAUUGAGCAAGCUACUCCACAAUCUGUGUGUAGCAUAUAACAUUGUGGUUUCAAAUUUCGCAUGAAACAUGCCACCCCACUGAAAGUUUUCCUGUUGCAAAGCGAUCUUCCCAACUGGUUUCCUGAACCGGUUUUCAGUAGGCUAGUUUUAAAAAGUGUAAUGAGAACAAGGUCAUAUACUACUAUUGGACUUACAUUAAUUGAAGAUUUCACUUAAUUUAUCAGUUGAUUUGGAGAAUGACACUAAAUUAGUUUUCUUUGUCUGAGCAUGGUAAACGCCAAGUUCUUGUGGGUAAAAUGAUUGAGUCACUACAUGUUCCUUUUAUUCUAGUUAUCUAACUUCCAUUUUCCUCGCUGCAUUUUCAACAGUGCUUUCACAUUCUUAUUUUAGCAAAUACUGUGCCUUCUUACUUAGAUAUACACCUUGAUAUGAAGCUAUGUAACUGCAAGGCGUUUGGAUUUGUUUUAAAUGGAUAUUUGGGAGUUACUUUUUAAACCUUCAUUGUGUGUUUUUUUGUGGUGGCAUUUUGUUUUUUUAAGCAAACUGCACAUCUUUUCUUUGUAUAUUGUUUUUUCUUUUCUGAAAAGUUCUGUUUCAGAAUUGUGGAUAGCUGAAUGAUUAAUACUUUUAAAAUUUUAUGAAAUUAGAAAAGCUAAUCAUCAAUGGAAAACCUCUAUAUAAGUUUCAUCUUAAUUCUGAUUUCACAAUGAAUUCACAUAGAAAAAAAUCCAGACUUCAAGAUAUUGAAAUCAUAGCUUCUAUAUAAUUAGCUGCAUAUCUAGUGCCUUUCCUUAGUCAGACAAAAUUAUAAAAUAUUAGAUAAUGAAAUGUAAAGGAGAGUGGGAAUGAAAAGUAGGUAGUAAGUCGACAAACAUUUCAAAAAUUUUAUCUUGAGGACAUCAUUGUAACUAAUGCCUUUAUACUUUUGGUCAGAUGUUAUUUUCUUCACAAAAGGUUGACUUAUUUAUAAGGUAGAGCAGAGCAUGUCACUGGGAAAUUUGACUUGGCCAAUGAGCUGAACAGUAGUAUUAAAAUGAUGCAGUUUUUUAUAUUGACAAUGUUUAGUAUAGAGACCAAAAGCUUUGUAAUAUGAAAUAAAAUACAUGAUAUAAAUCAAUCAGACAACAUUAAGAU